UAUAUAUAUAUUUCACGUUUGCUUUUGAAGUUUGAAGAAACUUCACCGUCUGUAAUUCUUGGAAUUCCAUUUUUCAUUUUUAUUCCGUCUCCCAUGUAAAUAUCCUUUUCCAUCUGCUGAAAUAUCUCUUAAACCUCAAUGCUAUUCGAUUCGAUGAUGAAUUUUCUCAAACACUACUUUCCCCGAACUCCAAUGUCAGUCUCCAGUGCUUCAAUUGUCAGCGCCUGAAGUUCCCUAACUUUUGCUCCUUUCUCCAUUUUUUCCGAGUCGAAGGGCUUCGAAGAAUGCUGUUUCAAAUUAUUUUUCUUGUAAUUAAGGUGUUGGGGUUCUGAAUUCGUCGAGAUAACCAGCAAUUUUGUUCGUAUCUCUAUCCGCUGGUGAUUCAGGAACAGAGUAUACAAUCUUCUUCAAACGAGGUUUUUAUUGACAUUAAUGCAAAUAUGUUGACUUCUUAGUGUGGCAGUUGGUGGCUCAAGUUUUUAAGGCAUGUGGUCUACCUGCUUUCUGCUGAAAUGAAGAACUUGCAGAGCUCUCAAGAAAUACAGUCCUCAACUCAAGCUUCUCUUGAGUCCCAGAGUGACCAACCAAACAAUCACCCAGCUGAUGCUCCUGUUACGGACUCUGGUUCAGUUUCUGCUUCCAGCAAUGACAGCAAAAAAGUGUCACGGCAGGAUAUUGAGCUUGUCCAGAAUUUAAUAGAAAGGUGCUUACAGCUGUAUAUGAAUAAAGAUGAGGUGGUUAAAACACUUUUGACUCGGGCAAGGAUAGAUCCAGGAUUUACGACUCUAGUGUGGCAGAAGUUGGAGGAAGAGAAUGCUGAUUUUUUUAGGGCCUAUUAUAUCAGGUUAAAAUUGAAAAAGCAAAUACUCCUUUUCAAUCAUUUGCUUGAGCACCAGUAUCAUAUGAUGAAGUAUCCCAUGCCUCCAAAGGUUCCAUUGGCUCCGAUUCAGAAUGGAAUCCAUCCAAUGCCUGUCAACAACCUACCUAUGGGAUACCCUGUUCUACAGCAACCUCACAUGCCAGCAGCAGGUCAACCACAUCUUGACUCAAUGGGCAUAUCAAGUUGUCAUGUGGUCAAUGGAGUCCCUGCACCAAGCAAUUUUCAUCCCAUUCGAAUGAAUUCCGGGAAUGAGAUGGUGAUGGAACAUGGUGCUCCAGACAUUGCUCCUGUUAUUCCGCCAAAUAGUAGCAUGACAGAAAUGGCGGUGAGUCCUACAUCAGUGGCAUCCAGCGGUCACUUUCCCUUCACCGCAUCAGAAAUAUCAGGAAUGGGCACAGAUGCAUCAGCUCUGGACACAGCGUUUACAGCUGACGUGGCAAGUUCAGUUGGGAUGCAACUCACACCUGACGGCAGCAAUGGAAUUUCCAGAUCACUGGAACAAAUUCCGUGGAAUUUUAGUCUAUCUGAUCUAACAGCUGAUUUGUCAAAUUUGGGAGAUCUAGGAGCCCUGGGAAACUAUCCAGGUUCACCAUUUUUGCCAUCUGAUUCAGACAUGUUGCUGGAAUCUCCAGAUCAACAGGAUAUAGUGGAUGACUUCUUCGUUAACUCUGAUCCUCCAUGCUCUCAGUCAGAUGACGAGAAAUCUUAAAGAAUAAGGUGAGGCAACUUGUGUCACAUCAAAUUCUUAGCUUAGGCGAAAUUAGGAUGAGUAAGCAUCAUCUAGUUUUCAUUGGCAUACAGGCUGUGUGGCCAAAUUUUAGGCAGGCUGCUCCAUAUCAUUGGCAUGCAGAUAGAAAAUGUCAUUGUUGCUGGUAGCUGCAGCGUUUAGGAUUCUUUUAGGAUAACUGUUACAAUAAAAGGAGUCGGUGACUUUGUUGGGGACGUAAUUCAUGCUUUCGGAUUUUAUAUUUAUAUUGGCUGGAUAGUUGUUGGUGAAAUGGUUGAUGUGAUCCUAAUACAACAAAAUCUUGCUUUCAAUAAUUGAUGAGAAUGGAUUGUACUUUCA